AUGCUGCUUCUCUCCGCCUCUGGCUGACUGAUUGGUUGAGGCGUCAUGUCGUUGCAACAGCUCCGUCCCCUACUGGCCAGUUGCGUACAAAGCCCUUUCUAUGGCCUCUCUCAACUGCUCUAUACCGUACGUACUGGUGCGUGUCUUUGUGCAAGCCAUUAUGACCCGACCCUAAUGGCUUAACAGCAGCUUCUUGAACACCUCGCCGCUUGUACGGGAGGACCUGAACAGGCUUGGCUCCGUACACUUUUUUUAAUUGUUCUUAAAUGCGCCCAGGACUCGCAAGCAGAGCGGCAGAGAUGCUGAGCGGUGCCUGCUGCAGAGCCGGGCCGAGGCUCGGCAGCCUCAUGCUGGCCCCCGUCACCAAAACAGUCCCAGCGGCUACGCAGAGCCUUAGAUUUCGCUCCACGUCCUCGGUACAAGGAUUCUCGGAGCAGGCGAGAGAGCGCUCCAAGUCUGUCACGUCGUUUUACAACCAGUCUGCCAUUGAUGUGUCUGCGGAAAAGGCCUCUGUGCGUCUGACCUUGGCAACCUUGUUGUAUUCUGGGAAGUCUCCUGACGGACACCACAUCCUGAGCAGUGCCAAAUACCUUCACAAAGAGCUGCCUGUACGAAUCGCUCACCGCAUCAAGGGUUUUCGCAGCUUGCCCUUCAUCAUUGGUUGCAACCCGACCAUUCUGCAAGUGCACGAACUCUACAUCAGAGCGUAUCACAUGCUCAUUGACUUCCCUCCGAUUAAAGACCAGGACGUCGAGGCACGUUUCUGUAAACUGGUGCAGCAGCUUCUGGACGACCACAAAGACGUGGUCACCAUGCUGGCCCAGGGCUUCAGGGAGUGUCGCAAACACAUCCAGGAUGAGAUGAUCCUCCGCAACUUCUUGGACACGACCCUGUGCUCUCGUCUGGGGAUCAGGAUGUUGGCCACACAUCAUCUCGCCCUCCACGAAGAUAACCCUGAUUUUGUGGGAAUCAUAUGUCGGCGUCUCUCGCCCAAAAGGAUCAUUGAGAAGUGGGUGGACUUUGCCAGGCGUCUGUGUGAGCACCAGUACGGUAACUCCCCCAGGGUGAGGAUCAAUGGACACGUAGCCGCCCGCUUCCCCUUCAUCCCUCUGCCUCUGGAUUACAUCCUGCCUGAGCUCCUGAAGAACGCCAUGAGGGCCACCAUGGAGAGCCACCUGGACACACCGUACAACGUUCCCGAUGUGGUCGUCACCAUCGCCAACAAUGACAUCGAUUUUGUCAUUAGGAUUUCAGACCGAGGCGGCGGCAUCCCCCACACCAUCGUCGAGAAGGUGAUGGACUACCACUACAGUACGGCUGAGGAGAGCGCGCAGGACCCACGCAUGGGCAACCUAUUCAACAACAUCACCAACAGUGGGAACCAGUCAAGCCCCAUGCACGGGUUUGGCUUCGGCCUGCCCACGUCCCGGGCCUACGCCGACUACCUGGGGGGUUCCCUGUCCAUACAGUCUAUGCAGGGCAUCGGCACAGACGUUUACCUGCGUCUGCGCCACAUCGAUGGCAAAGGAGAGAGCUUCAGGGUUUGAGGUUUUCCCUCGCUCUCUGGUCUUUUCCUUUAGAUUCUGUAGCAGGAGAAGAAAGGGUUUUUUUUUUUUUCACCUAGAGAAAGAGGGAGGUUGACAUGGACUACUGGACCUCGGUCCACAGAGCGAUAACCUACACAGUAUGUUGUCAAAAAAAGUUCUUUAUUUCACCAAGCCCACUACUUGUUUUUGAUUUUUGCCUUAGACUGAUUAUAAGCUAUGUUAGCUGUCAAAUUGAUGAAUUCUAAUGUGUUUUUUCCCCCUUUUUUUUCCCCCUUUUGUUUUGAAUCCUGUGGUUUGAUGUCUUGUCUUGCGGGAACUGGGUGGGGAGGGAAGGGGUGGCAGGGCGGCUUCAUAUGAAGUUGAAUGUUCAGGUUACUGGGACAUAUCUCGCAUGUUACGGAUACGUUACUCGUCGCAUCGCCUCAAAAUGAAUCUUCUGAAACACUCCAGCAACGCUGUCAAAACUCCUCUAAGUGUUAGGACGCUAGUGAUCGGUACAAUAAGAAUUGGAGAUUGUGGAAAUUAACAGUAGUUUGUGUUCAAGUUAGAUGUGAUGAUAACAUCCAUUCUGAUGAUGUGAUGACAUCACUGGUGGACCGAGACGAGGUUUUCCGUGGUCGCUGCGGCAGCAGGUGUUGACCCUCACGUCUCUGUCCACUGAUCCAAACUGGCAGGAUGGAUGUUAACACCAAUGAACCUGAGUGUCAGAACCUACGACGUACAAAAGAAGACAAUCCUUGUUUGCAGUAUAAACUUCAUGUUGGGUUUAAGCAGGUUGAAAUAUUUUACUGAUCCUUCCUGGGUCUCAGCUGCUGCUGCUGCUGCUUGUUGAUGCAGACGUUACUGCCAAAAUAUACCGAAUGCUUAUCGUUACAGAUUUGUUUGAAAUAUCAUCUCUGUUCAGCAGUAUGUUAGUGGAAGCUUUUCAUACGAGAAGGGCCGAGCCAAGCCAUGGAGUUGCCUUACAGUGUGACACGUCAUCUUAAGGCUUUUACUCUCCUUGUUUUUUUUUACUAUUAUUAUUUUUUUCUUUGUUACUGUCGUUGCCUUUCUUCAGUAAACAUGACUUUUUCCAUGACUCAGCACUCGCAUCGAUCAUAGCAGGUUUUGACUUUGUUGUAUUGACCUUCAAAGUAACAAUAUACCAGAUAAGUAUUAUCUGACAUGGUCUCCAUUUGUUUUGUCAUUGCUUUAAAUGCCAUUUACAUGUCAACAGAGAGAUUUAACAGAAGAAACAAAAAGGUUCUUUAUAGCGUUAUGUUUUAAUAUGGGUUUUCAGGGCAACUAGUUCUUGUGACUAGAAGAAGUUUGUAUUGUCAUCACAGAUACCAGGACGUUACUGUAAAUAAAAACGAUUUGCUUCAUUGAA